ACAUACUCCACCAGGGCGGAGUAAUAAGGGCAAGCGGCAUCUUUUCUGGUGUGUGGAGAAAUCCGUCUCUUCAAAAUAAGAGCUAAAUAAAAACCUAGCGCACCCCAUUUGUACUAAACGAUGUAGGAUUUACGGAAGAGGAGUCCCAGGCGUGGCUGAGGAACUUCCGUCUUUUACAGCACAAAAAUGACAGCGACUCUGCGCCCCUACUUAAACGCUGUGAGGGCCACAUUGCAGGCAGCCCUCUGUCUGGAGAACUUCUCCUCUCAGGUGGUGGAGCGACACAACAAGCCUGAGGUGGAGGUCAGGAGCAGUAAGGAGCUGCUACUUCAGCCUGUGGUGAUCAGCCGCAACGACAAGGAGAGGGUUCUCAUUGAGGGAUCCAUCAACUCUGUCAGAGUCAGCAUUGCUGUCAAACAGGCUGAUGAGAUUGAGAAGAUCCUUUGCCACAAGUUCAUGCGCUUCAUGAUGAUGAGAGCAGAGAACUUCUUCAUUCUGAGGAGGAAACCAGUAGAGGGAUACGAUAUUAGCUUCUUGAUCACCAACUUCCACACGGAGCAGAUGUACAAACACAAGCUGGUGGACUUUGUCAUCCACUUCAUGGAGGAGAUCGACAAGGAGAUCAGCGAGAUGAAACUGUCCGUCAAUGCCAGGGCCCGUAUCGUCGCUGAGGAAUUCCUCAAGAACUUCUGAUGACGGUGUUGGUCCCACACAAGCUUGUAAAAGGCUCCAAGGGCCAAUCGGCACAAGAGUGGAGUAAGCGGCCAAUCAGCAAGGAGAUGAGAGGAACAUGACUAAUCCGGCGAUGACACCCUUUGCACCCGUCUCGAGUAUUUCCCUGUACUCAUGAAUAUCAAUGACUGUAUAUAAUGAAAUAGUUACCAGUUUCAUUUUCAGCCACUUAGAACAAAUCCCCAAACAAAGGCGGGUCCUUAAAGUAUUAAUCAAGUUGAUAGCCAUGAAUACAGGGACAUUGAGAACGUGUCGUUGCAAAUAAAACAGCCAGGUUUUUGUAUUUUGUGUAAGAGUCCGCGUGUUCUGUCAUUGUUGUUUCAAAUUUGUCUUCAAAAAUGUCCCUGUUCAGGAAACCCGUGUUUGUGGAAAGUGGUCCGUGUGGCGUUUCAUCACAGACAUGGAGCGAGAGCUGUCUGUAAAGAAGCCACCAAAACACAUGUAUGAAAAUAAUGAAAGAUAAUAAAACUCAGUUGUUUAUACCGUUGGUAUUCCUA